AUGCUUCCCUUGAAAGAUUGUAGCCAAAUCAAAUUAAUUAAGGCAUUGCUUGAGCUUUACUUUCCACCAAAUAACUUACAAGUUUACAGACUAUAUAGAUGGCAGAACUUCCUAGCUAAUGUAUCUUACCUCAAACAUGAGUUACCCAAAAGGUGGAUUUAUCCAAUUGCUCUCUGGUUGCGUCACGCCACAGCAACAUUCAAGUGGGACCUGCUCUUUGGGGAGGUUUUAACAGGCCUUUGGUUGCUGAACUCCUCCAUCAUGGCAGCCAUUUUAAAACAGGGAAUUCAGUCUGUGUUAAAUCUUUUCAGAAGACCGAGUUCCAUGUAG